ACUUUUUUUCUCUCUUUUAAAUUUUUUUUUUUUCCUGUUUCUGCGAGGCACACUGAAAUUCAAACCCAUGACAAAACCAUCCAGUGUUGCGCGUUGCGUUCUUCGAAGCUAUUAAAAUGUUCCCCAGGGUGAUUUUGAAGGGAACUAUGAUUAAAAAAUCUCAACAAAAGAAAAGAACGUCGCCGAGUAACUACAAAGAGAGGUUCUUUGUGUUAGAUACUCAAGACCUGAAGUAUUCUGAACGUCGUCCCGGGAAAAAACCCAUGCUGAAAGGUUGCAUCGAACUGUCCAGGAUUAAGUGUGUGGAGAUCGUGUUGAGUGACGUCCCUAUACCAUGCAUCUACAAGUACCCCUUUCAGGUUUUUCAUGACAAUUAUUACCUCUACAUAUUUGCGCCAGACAACGACUGCCGUCAGCGAUGGGUCCGAGCUCUUAAAGAGGAGACAAAGCACAACAACUUGGUUCCAAAGUUCCACCCAAACUUCUGGAUGGAAGGAAAAUGGAGGUGCUGCCAACAAAAUGAGAAACUGGCGUCAGGCUGUCAGCUCUACGACCCUGAGGGUUACGCUUCCAAAAAGCCUCUUCCUCAGCUACCGGAUCCAGAGAUGGGGCUGAAUGAUUCAGGAGAUCAGAUGGUCAUUGCUCUGCAAGACUACGCACCACAGAGAGACGAUGAUUUGCCUCUUCAGAAAGACCAGGAGUAUCGGCUGAUCAACAGCUCCCACUCAGACUGGUGGACUGUGCAGGACGACAGGGGAAAUGCGGGGUUUGUGCCCAGCACGUUUGUAGCUGAGAAAAACGGCAAGAACUUUGAGCGAUUUGAAUGGUACAAUAAACACAUCAGCAGAUGGGAGGCGGAGGAAUUGCUGUUGAAAGAGGGAAAAGAAGGUGCGUUCAUGGUGCGUGACUCAAGACAGAUGGGGGUCUACACAGUGUCAGUUUUCACAAAAGCUCCUGGGUCUAAUGGAGAGAAGAACCCCAGAGUGAAACAUUACCAAAUAAGACGGACCAGCACGGAGAAGAAAUCGUUUUACUUGGCAGAGAAGUACCUGUUCAGCACCAUUCCUGAGCUGAUCAAUUACCACCAACACAAUGCUGCUGGUCUCAUAACCCGACUGAGACACGCCGUUUCUAAAGGAGAGCACAGCCAGGAAACUGCUGGCCACUUAACAGAUCAAUGGGAGAUAGACCCAGAGGAGCUGAGCCUGGGUCAGGAGAUUGGCAGUGGCCAGUUUGGACUGGUGUUGGAGGGGAAAUGGAAGGACAAGAAGGUGGCGGUGAAGAUGGUUAGAGAGGACUGCAUGACUGACGAGGACUUUAAAGAAGAGGCAAAGGUUAUGAUGAAGUUGUCUCACUGUAAGCUAGUGCAGCUGUACGGCGUGUGCACCCAACGCUCCCCCAUGUGUCUGGUGUUCGAAUACAUGGAGAGCGGCUGUUUGUCAGCUUACCUGCGGGAGAAGAAAGGCCGUUUGUCUCAGGAUCUGAUGCUGGGAAUGUGCCUGGAUGUCAGCGAGGGGAUGGCUUACCUGGAGAGCUCCAACUUCAUCCACAGAGAUCUGGCUGCGAGGAACUGUCUUGUCACGAAAAACAAUGAGGUGAAAGUGUCUGAUUUUGGCAUGACCAGGUUUGUUCUCGAUGAUCAGUACACAAGCUCCCAAGGCUCCAAGUUCCCUGUCAAGUGGUCAGCUCCAGAGGUCAUCAAAUACUCAAAGUUCAGCAGCAAGUCUGACAUCUGGUCAUUUGGUGUACUCAUGUGGGAGAUUUACAACGAGGGACGCCUUCCCUACGAGAACCGGACCAACGCAGAGGUCGUGGAGUCCCUAAAUGCAGGCUUGAGGCUCCUGAAGCCCCGUCUGGCCCCAAAUGCGGUCUAUUCGCUGAUGGAGUGGUGCUGGAAGGAGAAACCGGAAGAUCGUCCGUCCUUUGCUGUUCUCCUGCAUGAACUGGCUGCCUUGUCUGACCUGUGAACCAAGUGAAGAUUUGAGAAUAUGUUUAAACACCUUUGUUUUAUUUAUUUAUUUAUUUUGUCACGUGUUGUGAAAAGGUUUGUGUUAAUUACGAAUCAAAAAUGGGCUUUUGUAGAUUUUGCACUUUAUUUUCAUCUUAACUUUGUAAACCACUCUGAGAAGUCUAAUAAAGUUGAUAGACAUAA